UGAAAGAUGAUUAAUUUUUGUGACUUUGAGUAAAAUGCUCACCUGUUGUCUAUAGGCCGAUGAAGUUUGGACGGGUGUCACAUACGCAGUGGCAGCUUUUCUGCUGCAGCAAGGUGAACCCGAGAAAGCCUUCCAUACCGCUUCCGGCUCUUAUAAGGCUUGCUUCGAACGUUUCGGAUUACAAUACCAGACUCCAGAGGCGCUAUAUGAGAACAAGUUUUACCGAGCAAUCGGCUACAUGCGACCCCUAAGUAUCUGGGCAAUGCAAUGGGCUCUCCGAUUCCAUUGUGAUCUGAAUUCGCUCAAGCCACCCUCGGCGACGAACUCGUCCCCACGACAACUCCUAACUAUCAAAGCAUUCGAUGAUUCAGCUAGUGAAGGCUACGCAAGCGACGAACGUGAUCCCGAAGCUGCUAGCAGUAGCAGCAGCACUGGUUUGAUCAGCAGUACUUCGAGCUCAUUUGGCUCACGGUAG